UUGACUGACAGGUAAACGAGGAAAAGGUGUGUUAAUUGAACCGUUGGUUGGAAAUAUAUAAAAUGGUCAAAUUUACAAACACUGAGCCCACUUUUCCAAUGACCGGAGUUGUUUGGAUAUCGUCGUCAUCAUCACCAUCCACUCCCUCUACCCCUACUACUACUACGAGUCUUUGUUCGCCACGACGAUGCCGUCUCCACUUCGCAACGGCGAUGCCGCCCAUCCACGCCUCCCCUCGCCCGCUGCCCCUACGCCGCUCCACCACCACAACCACAACUACCCUUCCUUCCGCUCCACCGUCUCCGAGCAGAAGAUCCGCCGCCUCAACCUGCUCAUCCUCCUCCUCCGCCUCGCCGCCUUCUGCUUUUCCCUCUCCGCUGCCGUCUUCACCGCCGCAAACUCCUCCCGCUCCGCCUCGUCCCCUUAUUCCUGGCUGAGCGUCGACUCCUUCCGAGUCAUGUUUGCGGCGAACGCCAUCGUGGCCGUCUAUUCCCUCCUCGAGAUGUGCGCUUCCAUCCGGGAGAUCCUCCACGGCGCCACCCUCCUCCCGGAGCCCAUGCAACUCUGGUUCGACUUCGCCCACGACCAGCUGUUCGCAUACCUGGCGCUCUCGGCGGGGGUGGCGGGGAUGACGGCUGCGCGGGGGCUAAGCGGGUGCACCGCGGACAAGCCGGCCGCCUCCUUCUGCGUGCAGGCGUACAUAUCGGUGGCCCUGGGCUUCGCGGGCUUCGCGUUUCUCGCCCUUUCCGCCCUCGUUUCCGGUUUCCGCGUCGCCUCGUUCGUCCUCACCGGCUCCCGCUUCCCCCUCCAGUGACGGCGGGGCUCGGUUCGUCCGCUCGUCGCCUCCCCGCUGCGCGGCCACCGUCGAUGCCUCGAAGCGCGAAUCCUAAAGCCCCGUGAGCUUGUAAAAACCUAUGGUGAAAUAGCUACAUGUGUUUUGCAUCAAGCCACCGUCACCGUCCGAUGGACCCUCCUCGCACGUGGAGACGUAGGAUUUCGCUGUGUAAUAAAUGCACCCUUGGGUCAGGCGGCGUCCCACACCGGCAGCAGCCACCGGCAGACAGAGAAGGACGGUCUUGCGCGAACAACGCGAGGCGAGAUGGAUGGAUGACAAUGGUAUAUGAUUCCUUGCCCCCUCUCCCUGGCCGAUAUUAUCUAUCAGUGGCGUGGCCGACACAAGGAACAGAUUCUUCUCAUUUA